AUGAGCAUAGAAUUUUUAAAAGUUACAAAACUUCCGAAUUUAUAUUUAGAAAUUUUUGUAAACUUAAAUUUGGAACUCGAAUGCCUCAAUUUAUUAAGAAAUUUGAAACCUAAUCUUUCUGAUGGCCUGAAACAAAAUUCAAUUUUUGCUCUAAGAAAUCUUUCAAGUUUUUUAGAUACUAUAAAUGCAAUUUAUAUUAAUACAAAGGAAAUAAAAAAUAAGGAUGAUUUUUUAAAUUCAUUAAAUGUAGCAUGUUAUCAAUUUAGCAGAUAUGCAGACGUAUCUCAAAAACUUUCAAUUUUUAAAUCGAUUUGUAAAAGUUUACAUAAGGUUGGUGUUUGA